AUGCCUACUUCGCUCCUAGCUCAACAAAGAGACGAACGACCAUACAGCUAUUCUGCUCUUUCCAAAGUGAGAAUCCCCGUGCUCCCAGAUGACACCAAAUUGACACUGGACCAAGUCAAAUGCAUCCUGCUUGAUGUCCUCAUCGACAAUCAUGCGGACGUUUUCAGAGCGGCCUCUGUGCUGACGGUGCCGUUGUUCGGCGAUGAGUUCAGCAAAAUCGAGCCAUUUGAGUACGUUGUCACAGAGCCACCAGAAUUGCAGAAGGCUGGAACCAGACUCAUGGAAGGACUAGAAUGCAAUGAGUGCAUUGCGUUGAAUGACUUGUACUCUGAGUGGGGUGAUGAACAAGUGCAAGCUCAGGUCAUUGCAAAUACAGUUUUUUUGGCUGCACUCACGAGCCCAUAUAUAGUAAUCGCGCCUUCAUCGAAAUUUACAUCCUGGACUAACCAGAAAUGGCCAAUGUCAGACAUCGCCAAGUGCAAAGCCAUUAGGCCUGUUGACGGGGAAUUGCUGAAGUUGAUGUGGGUGAAGAUAAGGCGAGAUUAUGCUAAGUGGGAACUGGGAGGGGUGGUUUCUCGUGUGAUUGCCCAGAAAUGUGUAUGUUAUUUCCGCAGACGUGAUUUUUACCCAUAUGACGCUGUCAGGGACGAGGCCUUUCGUUGGAUGAAUUUUGGAGUGUACUUUGCUCUGUUCAGCCCUUACAGAAAGCUGAUGAACUUCUUGAAGUCGAAAGGCAAAACGCUUUCGGACUUGCACGAGUUGAUUCCUGCUCCCUUUAUUGCCAACUUCAAAGCAGCAGUUGAACGUCGCCGCAGUGAUCUGGAAGCAUCGCCUUGUUGGUAUUCCUACAGCCACGCACUGAAUACUGGGUUCGUUCGUGAAUUUUCAUUACGCAAUUGUCCAGAUAUUGCUUAUUUUGGCAAAGCUCUUAAGGAUCUGUGGAGUGAUGUGAAUGCUACCGUAGGAGAUGUUCCUGGUGUUCAAUUAUCGGAAGAGAUCAAGAAGCAAUUGUGCGAGUACGCGAAAAAUGUCGUUAGGGAAUGGCAAGCUGCAACACCUGUGCGUGCUGAGAGGCAAUCCAGUGUUCAGGGUUCGAUGUCUGUCUGGAGACGUCGCGUUUAA